UUCCCCAGGAAAACUGGGUAAUGAAGAAGGGGGCGACGCAGUGUGGUCGAGUAAAAACAUAAAAAAUGUUGGGGAAAGUUUGCAAAGGAGCGACUAACUGAGACAGCUGAUUAAAUAAUUGCUGUGAAAUAACGACAACGUCGUAAAAAAAGGAAGUUUAUCGAGCGAGAGGAGAACGAUCGACAUCGACAACAACAGGAAGUUGUUUACAAGACUGGAAUUAUGAUGCACAGCGAAGACGUCCAGCAGCUGAUUGGUCGUCAAGAAGAACAUCCCACUCAGCCACAAGUGUGGAGCUCCACUUUGAAGCAGGGAGAUCCACAGCCACCCCAAGUAAAAGAGGAAGAGGUCAAACUCUGGAUCGGGAAGGAGGAGGCUGAUGUCGCCAUGACGUUGCCGUCGACUGUUUUGUCUCUGACGACUCAAAACCAUGAAGAGAAACCACAUUCCACAAUAAGCUUCCACCAUCGUUUCUGUUUGUUUCCUGCUGACGUCCAGCUGCUUGGAGGGAGCCAAGAAGAACGUCCCUGUCAGCCGCAGGAGGAGCUACGGCCCCUCCAUGUGAAAAAGGAGGAGGCGGACGUCUGGACCACUGUGGAUGGAGAGCACCUUCAAGGACAGGAGGAGUUACCACUGACUGGUUUCUCUGUAAAGACCAAAGACGAUGAAGACAAACCACCUGAGUCCUCACUGCUUCAUCUGAGUCCAAAUGAGCAGAACCGAGGGGCGGAGCCUCCGAGCAGCAGCGCAACAACAACAACAGCUGAUGGAGACCACUGUGGAGCAUCACAAACAUACAACCUCUUAGCUGCGCUAUCAGAAAACGACAACACGUCACACGUCAGUGUCGAUAUGGACUCACACAUGAGAACACACUCAGGAGAAAAACCUUACAGUUGUUCGGCGUGCGAUAAAAGAUUCACAAGAAAAAUUAAGUUGCAUUUACACAUGAGAACGCACACGGGAGAGAAACCUUUUAGUUGCGCAAAUUGCGAUAAAAAGUUCUCUCUUAAGGAAAAUAUGGUGUCGCACAUGAGGACGCACACAGGAAAGAAACCAUUCGGUUGCUCCGUCUGUGGGAAGAGCUUCACGAAAAAGGAUAACAUGUUAGCACACGCGAGAAUACACACAGGAGAAAAACCUUUUAGUUGCUCCGAGUGUGGCAAAAGCUUCGCUCGAAAGGGACACAGGCUCGCACACAUGAGAACGCACACAAAAGAAAAAGCUUUCGCUUGCUCGGUUUGUGGCGCAAAAUUCCCUCGUGAGACGACAAUGCUGGCGCACAUGGGGACGCACGGGGGAGUAAAACCGUUUAGUUGCUCUGUUUGUGAGCGGAGGUUCUCUCAAAAAAUGUAUGUGCGUGCGCACAUGAGAACACAUACAGGUGAGAAACCUUUCAGUUGCUCCGUUUGCGGUACAAAGUUCGCCCUUAAAACAAAUAUGGUAUCACACAUGAGGACGCACACUGGAGAAAAACCUUUUAGCUGCUCAGACUGUGGCAAAAGCUUCAUUAAAAAGGAUAACAUGGUAGCGCAUGCGAGGAUACACACGGGAGAUAAACCUUUUAGUUGCACCGAGUGUGGCAGACGUUUCGCUCGAAAGGCGCACUGGCGUUUGCACAUGAGCACACACGCACUAGAAAAAGAUUUCGGUUGCUCAGUUUGUGGUGCAAAAUUCUUUCGUAAGACGACAAUGCUGGCACACAUGAGAACGCACACAGGAGAAAAAAGCUUCCAGUGCUCGGAUUGCGAUAAAACAUUCUUUACCAAAUCACUCAUGUUGUCGCACAUGGCAACUCACACAGGAGAGAAACCCUUCAGCUGCUUAGUUUGCGACAAAAAAUUCUCACGAAAAAACAACUUGGUUUCACACAUAAGAACACACACCGGAGAAAAACCUUUCGCUUGCUCAGACUGCGGUAAACGUUUCACUCAAAAGGUCAACAUGAAGGCACACAUGAGAACGCACACCGGUGUGAAACCUUUUAGUUGCUCCGACUGUGGUAAAGGCUUCACUAAAAAGGCCAACGUGUUAUCACACAUGAGAGGGCACACAGGGGAAAAACCUUUUAGUUGCUCCAUUUGUGGCGGGACUUUUUCUCGGAAAUCCUCUUUGAACAAACACAUGCGGAAGUUAAAGGAGCGACUCAUGCAACGCUUGGCGUCAAAAGGGCAAAUACGACUGACUGUAAUCGAGUCAAAAACAUCGAAAAUGUUGAAAGAUUUGAUAAGGGAGCGACUAAUGGCGGCGGCUGAUGAAAUAUUGGUGCUGUUUGAAAGAACCAUGGCGUCCUACGAGGAGGAACUUUCUCGAACCAGAGAGGAGAAGGAGCGACAUCGGCAGCAACUGGAAGCUGUUAGCAAGACUCCGAUUGUCUUAAACGCUGAAGAUGCCCAGGCACCGCCCCCCAGCGUUAAAGAGGAAGAGGAGGAACUCUGUAUCACUCAGGAGGCUGAUCUCAGCAAAUUGCCACUAACUGUUGUCUCUAUGAAGACCGAAGACCAUGAACACAAACCACCUGAGUCCUCACAGAUUCAUCACAGUCCAAGUGAGGAGAACAGAGGGGCGGAGCCUGAGCGCGACAGCUCGCCACAACACAUGACAACAGAAGCUGAUGGAGGAUCCCAAGCAGACAACCUUGUAGCUCCGCUAUCAGACGGUGACGACGCAUCGUCACACGGCAACGCGACAAUGGAAGCGCACACGAGAAGGGAAACUAGGGAAAAACCUUUCAGUUGCUUCGACUGUGGCAAAAAAUUCUCUCAAAAAGCACACAUGCUUUUGCAUGUGAGAACGCACACUGGAGAAAAACCUUUCAGUUGCUCAGUUUGUGGGAAAUUAUUCUCCGACAAGACUAACAUGGUAUCACACAUGCGAAUACAUACAGGGGAAAAACCUUUCAGUUGCUCAGACUGUGGGAAAAAAUUCUCUCAAAAGCCGCACAUGCUCCUGCACAUGAGAACACACACCGGAGAGAAACCUUUCGGUUGCUCGGUUUGCGGCAAAAGGUUCUCGGACAAAACCAGCCUGGCGUCGCACCUGAGAACGCACACCGGGGAGAAACCUUUCAGUUGCUCAGACUGCGGGAAAACAUUCUCCCAAAGGCCGCACAUGCGCUCACACAUGAGGACGCACACCGGAGAAAAACUAUUCUCUUGCUCGGAAUGCGGUAAAAAAUUCUUCCAAAAGGCACACAUGCUGUCGCACAUGAGGACGCACACCGGUGAGAAACCUUUCAGUUGCUCCGUUUGUGGUAACGCAUUUGCUCAAACUUCCUGUUUAACUCGGCACAUGCGAACGCACAAAUAGGAGAAAAAGCUUUCGGCUGCUCAGUUUGAAGCCGAGGGUUUUUUGGAUGAUCCAUCUGGGAAUGAUAUGCUGUUUACAUAUUCCAAAUAAUAAUUCCAAUAUGUAUCUACAUGAUACAACGGCUGAAACUGAGGUUUUACUUUCAAAUGUCAGCGAAAUUUUUUUUCUUGUAAUAUUAUGACUUUAUUCCCACAAUAUAUUCCAAACAUUACUUUACAGCUUUAUUUAUUUGUUUAUUUUUCAUAAUAUUACUACAUUUUUUAAUCAUUUUUUUUCCAACUCUACCACAAUUAUAUAAUUAUUAGUUUACUCUCGCAAAAUUGUGACUUUUUUCUCUUGAUAUUUGGACUUUGUACUCAUAAUUACAGCAUUUUUUCCUAUUUUUGCUAUAGUUUUUUUUAAAUUAUCCAAAUAUUUCAACUUUCUUGUAAAUUCUCUUCUCCUUUCUUUCUGUAAUA